AAUGAUGACUGUUUUCCGGUGGCAUUCGGUAUUUCCGGAUUUGGUAUGGUACUAGUAGCAGUAUUGACUGCUAUCGCGAAUCAAUAUUCGGAAACUACACACGCAGCAAGUAGGAAUCUGCAGGACUUUUUUGCCUGCAUAAGGCACGCAGCUGUUGCAAAGAUCAGAUCGAAAGUGACGCGUAGUAUAUCGAUUGAAGAUCAUUGGCUUAAAUAUUCCGAGAAAAAAUAUGGAAAGACGCUUGUGUGGGAGACACGAGUGAUGGUUAACGUACUCGUACUCUACGUUCCAAUUAUUUUGUUCUGGGCACUAUUUUUUCAACAAGGAUCGAGAUGGAUAUUUCAAGCAAUGCGAAUGAAUGGCGACAUAGGGCUUUUCACUGUCAUUCCGGAACAGCUCAGUGUCAUCAAUCCACUGCUAGUUUUAUUACUUAUUCCAGUAUUCGAAAGAGUUGUCAACCCACUGCUAGCAAAUCUACGAAUUAUCACCGAUUUGCAAAAGACAACCAUGGGUGGUGUGCUAGCUGGUGUAGCUUUUCUAUUGUCUGCAAUGGUUGAGUGGCAAUUGGAAAAUGGAAAAUAUUUGCAUAUGACGUGGUUACUACCGCAAAUCACCAUAAUGUCAAUGGCCGAAAUAUUGGUCACCAUUCCGAUGAUGAACUUUUCGUACACCGUCGCACCGAAGAGCAUGAAGACGAUGUUACAAACAUGCAAUAAUUUGACAAUGGGUUUGGGAAAUCUCCUAGUGAUAAUUGUGGUCAAGUUGAAUUUGUUUGAGUCACAGGCGUGUGAGUUUAUUCUGUUUGCCGUACUGAUGUUCCUCGAUAUGAUUCUAUUCGCGUUCUUAGCCAAAAGGUACAAACCAUCAUUGGAAGAAAGCACAGAAGAAGGAAAAUCUUUUAUUAAAUGAAGUUUUUGUCGUGUGAAAUAAAGCAAUCAAU